ACCAUUACAGUUUCAGAACUGAGAAACUCAAUUCAGUUGCCUGCGAAACGCUGAACCCAACGGACGGGGUGCCUCGUGGCUGUUGUGUUUUAGCAAAAAUCCCACCGAACCCCAAAAGACUAUGCAUUUGUUUUGUUGCUCUCAGAACAGAGAAGAAGAACUAACAGACAGACAGAGGCAGCUGCUCUCUCUCGACGGCUCUGGAAGCACUGAUAAGUCAUUGGUAACUUGUGAAAUUGAUACUGGAGCGCGAGCCCUUGAUUGAAAUGCGCGGAAGUUUCCACUUGUCGAGCCACAGCUAUCAGAGCCGCAGGCAAACCCGGUAUACGGAGUCAACGACGUUGCCACUAUAGCUAAUUGUGGGCCAUUAAUUGAUUGGCGGCCACCAGCUCCAGACACGCCCCCUUCAGCGGGACACCGAUACAAAUAAUUUAAUAAGGAAAGAGGAGCCAAAAGGAGGCAGCAGGAGGCAGCAGGAAAGCAGCACGCAGCACACAGUACUUAGUACCUCAGGAAUACCCAGUAAUCAGUAACCAAGCACUUAGCCAUGAAGGGGCAGCAGGAGGCACAGGAGGAGCACUUGGUGCCGCCAUACAAGCCAACAGUCAUCAGCAAGGAUGUGGCAAAGGCCGAGGAUCCGCUGGCCAAGGACAAGCCUCUGGGCGAAAGCAAACUAGCCGUGCUGCGGCAGGAGCUAAUGGUCUUCCUAGGCAACAGUGGUGUCCUUGGCUCCGGCAUGGUGGUCAGCAUGCCGGCCGUCACUCUCAACCAGCUGCACGAUGAGACACAGCCCUUUUGGCUCAACAAGGAUGAGUCCAGUUGGUUUGCUUCCAUCCAGAACAUGGCCUGUCCUUUGGGUGGACUCCUGGUAAGCUACUUCCUGGAUCGCAUUGGACGCAAAUACACCAUCCUGCUUACGAAUUUAAUUGGCCUCAUUGGCUGGAUCCUGCUGGUCACCAGCUUCAUGCAUGAGGAUCGAGAUAUGAUCUACUACCAGAUGCUAUUGGGACGUGCUUUCGGUGGAAUCAUGAUUGGAAUGUUUGUGUCACCGGUGGGUGUGUAUUCGGCGGAAAUCAGCUUGCCACGGAUCAGGGGACGCCUCAUCCUGGGCACCUCACUGGGCCUGGCCAGUGGCAUCCUGCUGAUGUACUGCCUUGGCUACUUCAUACGCCACAACAUCGUCUUGAUCUUUGGCAUUAGCUGUGGCUAUCAACUGAUGGCCACCCUGCUCGUCUUCCCCAUGCCGGAGUCACCCAGCUGGCUGCUGACCAAGGGACGAGAGGAGAGGGCCAGGACAUCGCUCAGAUACUUCCGCGGACUGCCCAAGAAGGAGGUUGACUACGUACCCGAAUUCGAGGCGGAACUGUCGCACAUGAAGGAGGUGGCGGAUGCCAGCAUGAGCACCGCAGCCAGCGAAUCCCUCAGCCAGAUGAUCCAUCGUCCGGAGGUCUACAAGCCUGUGCUCAUGAUGACCACCUUCUUUGGCUUCCAGCAGGCCUGCGGUGUUGUGGUGAUCAUUGUGUAUGCCGUCCAGAUUGCCCAGCAGGCAGGUGUCACCAUCGAUCCGGUUCUGGUGGCCGUGAUGCUGGGUGUAGCCCGUAUCGUGACCACUUUCUUCAUGAGCGGCAUCUUUGAGAAGUGGGGCAGGAAGCCAUCGGGCAUAUUCUCCGCCACAGGCAUGGGCUUCUGUAUGCUUCUGCUGGCCGCCGGCAGCUGGUUCCCGGAAUCGGUGGGCGUGAUCCAUUGGCUGCCCGUCUUGUGCAUCGUGGCCCACAUUGUGUUCUCCACUAUGGGCAUGCUCACGUUGCCGUUCUUCAUGAUCUCGGAGGUGUUCCCGCAGCGAGCAAGAGGCAGUGCCUCUGGUAUUGCCAUCUUCUUUGGCAUGAUCCUGGCCUUUGUCAUGCUGAAGAUCUAUCCGAAUAUGGAGGCGGCUUUGGGCACUGCCAAUCUGUUUGCCUUCUAUGCUGGCAUAUCCUUCCUGGCGGCUGCCUUCAUUGGCGUCUUCGUGCCGGAGACGAGGGGCAGGACACUCGAGGAGCUGGAGGAGCGCUGGCAGACGGGCAAGUUCUCGCGGCGUCUCACCGUUAAUAACCUAAAGGAUGUGGAAUUGCAUGAGGUCUUUCUCAAGAAGUAAUCCUACCCAUGUAUAUAUUCCAAAUAAUCGAGAAGCAAGGACAAGUCCCGGGGGGAAGGAGAGAGUUAUAGCUCGAUUCCAAUGACACUCCUGAAUAUUAUUUAUUAAAUUUUAAGCAUAAUUGUUCCGAAAUUGGAUAGAAAGAUAGGUUUUUUUUUGUUUUUGUUCUUAAAGUUUAAUUUAGAAAUCAAGAAAGGAUGCUUUGGAAUCUGGCUAUAUAGUUUUUAAAACGGGUCCCUGGGUAUUCAAUCUGUGAUGUGAUAAGUACUUAACAGCCUUGGUGGCCAUGGAAUGCGGCAUAUAGACAAUUUGAUAAACAAUAAAAACCAUUUACCAAGUAAACAAAGUCAGUUGAAGUGCAUAAUGAAGCUGUUGCGAUGGGUAAGAUAUCAAAACAAUGCAUAAGCUCCAUAUAUACAUAUAUUUUGCUUUGUUUUUACUAUAUAUAUUUAUAUUUUUGUAUUAUUAAGAUAAUAAAGAACACAUUUAAUACAAGUUACAUGAACUUA